AGUGCCAGCCCUAGGUCGGUCUGCCGUCCCUAGUUCCUUUUCUUUUCGAAUUUCUCGUGGAAAACGCCAACAUGGGUUUCGCUACUCUCUGGUACUCGCAUCCCCGCAAAUACGGCCAAGGCUCCCGAUGCUGCCGUGCCUGCUCUAACCGCCACGGUCUGAUCCGCAAGUAUGGCCUGAACAUCUGCCGUCAGUGCUUCAGGGAGUACGCCAACGACAUUGGCUUCAAGAAGCUGGACUAAAUGUUCUCUUCGCAACUUGACACGCGUUAAAGCGUCUCAAAAACACCAUUCGGCAUAUUAAUAUAAGCGGUCGCCGGUUUUGGGGAUUUCAUAUAUUAAUAUGCCGGCAGCAACAACAAGCAACAGCAGCAACAACAUAAUCAUUUGGGGAUUUAAGCAAGGACAAAGCGCAGAUGGAACCGAUUCCAAAGUAAUCUCUAAGCAAGUAACCAGAACGGCCACCACCACAGAAUUCCAACAGUUACCACCUUCUGCGAAGGAUCUUUGUUAAAACACUAGUUUGUUUAAAUCCCCGUCUGAUUAAACCCAUAACAAGAAACGUA